AACGAUUCUUGACACUGCGGACUUAAACGUCACUGCCGGCUUCGUUCUCUAGUAAAUUUUGAUGUUAAGGCGUAAACUAGUUGUGGAUUAAAGUUUUUUUAUUUUAUUUGGGAUAAGUGUUAAAUAGAAGCAGGAAAAUGUCCACAGCGGAAGCUCAGAUUGGUUUAAAUACAAAUUUGCAACAGCAGGAUCUAAAAAAUUUGGAUGUCAGCAAUUUGACACCAUUGUCGCCUGAGGUAAUUUCACGUCAAGCUACUAUCAAUAUUGGUACCAUUGGUCAUGUAGCUCACGGUAAAUCAACAGUGGUCAAAGCCAUUUCGGGUGUACAGACUGUUCGUUUCAAGAACGAAUUGGAAAGAAAUAUUACCAUUAAAUUGGAACGCAUAAGUCAGCAACGCAUACAAGCUCUGCUAGCAUCUCCAAAAUUAUUACGCGAGUUCGAAAGGCAACAAGAGGCAAAACGCCGGCAACGACUGAGACAAAGACAACAACAGCAAGUGCAACAACGUAGAGUAAGGCAAUUAAAACAACAACAACAAGAAAAACAAAGUACAAUGACACGUUCAUCAUCUCUGGAUAGUUUACUGACGCGCUCGGAACGUGGACCUUCCGUUAGUCCCAGCAGUGGCUAUGAAAGCCUUAACGAUAAUGCAUCCAUCUGUAGUGCGGAUUCUUUGUAUAUGAAAUCUCCACCCAAAUCCUUAGUUGUUUUACUAACCAAAUCCAGUCUCGUAGAAGAAGCCUUGCAGCACACCAUACAGAAUAAACGACGUCGCAAUUCCUGCGAAACUCCAUCUCAUACGCCGAAAAAGCAAAAACACGAAUAUGUUGUCGAAAACAUUGAGAGCAUUGAAUGUAUAAAUGCCGAGCCAGUAUUCUAUGUCAAAUGGCUGAAUUACCCGAAAUCACAAAAUACCUGGGAACGACUGAGCAAUGUCAGCGAAUGUGUUCUGCUCGAUGGCUUCAUUCAAAGUCAGAUGUAUCUACAUGAGGAUGUCAUACCUGAUAUACGUGAGAAACUACUGCAGAAAAUCCAAGACGAGCAGAUUACGCUGCAGCCCCAUGAAUUAAAUAUGGAAGAAUUGGAUAAUUUUGAUCCCAUGGUUGUUAAAAUCGAUUUAAUACUGUUGGCCCAGUUUAUAAAGGCUCGUUCUCGCAGCCAACGUGAACCCGAGAAAAUACGUGAACGUCUCAUUAAAUCUAUGUUAAUGGAACAGUGUUCCGUAAAACGUAAACAACAAUUGGCCUCCUUACAGGAAUGGGAGGAACGCAUGAAUCUGAUUGAGUCAGUAUCCCCAAUACGAGUGGAAAAUAAUGUCGAUCUAGAGACACUGGAUCCCAAUUUCCAGUACAUAAAUGCCAACUUUUGUGGCAAGGGUGUUGAAAUUCAGAUCAGCCCCAAAAUGGGUUGCAAGUGUGAGGAUGUUUGUGCACCCUCAACCAAGUGCUGUGCACGUUUGGCCGACAGCUAUUUUGCCUAUGACAAAAACGGCCGUCUACGCAUAUAUCCGGGUGAAGCAAUCUAUGAGUGUAAUGAGGCAUGUGCCUGUUCCGAAGACUGUCCGAAUCGCGUCAUUCAAAGAGGACGCCACAACUCCCUGUGUCUGUUCAAGACAUCCAACGGUCGUGGUUGGGGUGUUCGAACGGAAAAAGCCCUGCGUAAGGGUGAAUUUGUGGGAGAAUAUGUGGGCGAAAUAAUCACCUCUGAGGAGGCUGAUGAACGUGGCACCCAAUACGAUGCAAUUGGACGUACUUACCUCUUUGAUUUGGACUACAACACGAAUGCGGAAAGCAUGUACACCAUUGACGCAGCCCUGCAUGGCAAUGUAUGUCACUUUUUCAAUCAUUCUUGUGAUCCCAAUUUGGCCGUUUUUCCAUUUUGGGUGGACAAUUUGGACAUUAACAUGCCCCGCCUGGCAUUUUUCACAUUGCGACCCAUUAAGCCGGGCGAAGAGCUAACCUUUGAUUAUAUUCGUGGCGACGAGGGCGAAUAUGAGAAUCUUUCAAAUGCCGAAAAAGUUAGUUGCCGCUGUGGAGCUGAAAAAUGCCGCAAAGUUUUGUUUUAACUUUAACCCACAACAUUUUAUUUUAUAACGUUUUUUUUUAAUUGACAUUGCAUUUAUUUUUAUAAACAACAAAUCACGAGAUAAUUGUAUACUUGAAUACAUUUCACAUCUGUUAUACUCAUUUAGAACUUUUAAAGAUUAACCCACUGAAACAUUACAUUCGACAACAAAAAAUUAUUAUUAUAUCCAUUAUUUGUUGUAAUUAUUUGAAAAAGAAAAUUGUUUUUAUGAAGACAUUUUUACAAGACACUGUUUUUGGUUCCUCCAAUCCCGGGGGCGGUUUAGUUAGUCUUUGUCCCAUACGACAUGUUUUUAAUUUUUUAUUUGUGAAAAAUUGAAUUGUUGUAAUGAUGAUUAGUUUUAAUUAAUUGAGAAAACGCUUAACUUUUACAUUCGACAUUUUUGCAAUCUCGAUAUUGAUUCCUUGGACCAUUAAAUGAUUAUAGUAAUGAUGAAUUUUUAUUAAACCCUUUGAAGCAAAUAAAUGACUAGAGAAAAAAAAAACAAAUA